CUCAAAAUACCCCAUAGAUUUUUUUUUUUUUUUAACUGCCUAUUUUGGGGCAUUAUUAACUAUGCACCGAUUCAGCGUGCGGCCCCUUUAAAUCUCCCGCUCCCCCACCCCACGAGCUCUCGACUAUAAUACAACACAUAAAAACACAAGUUCACACAGCUAAUAUAACCCUCAAAUGGAUCUUUACAAGAUGUUCGUCAUGCAUACUGCAUGCAUGCAUCGAUUCCUGUGGAUGGCCGGGUGUGUGUGUGCGUCAUUUAGGAAGAGAUGGGAGCCGGAUGCACAAUGGGAGGAAGGCUUGCGGAGUCAGUGUUACAGGUGCUGGUCAUAUAAUUAGAAUAUCAUCAAAAAGUUGAUUUAUUUCACUAAUUCCAUUCAAAAAGUGAAACUUGUAUAUUAUAUUCAUUCAUUACACACAGACUGAUAUAUUUCAAAUGUUUAUUUCUUUUAAUUUUGAUGAUUAUAACUGACAACUAAGGAAAAUCCCAAAUUCAGUAUCUCAGAAAAUUAGAAUAUUGUGAAAAGGUUCAAUAUUGAAGACACCUGGUGCCACACUCCAAUCAGCUAAUUAACUCAAAACACCUGCAAAGGCCUUUAAAUGGUCUCUCAGUCUAGUUCUGUAGGCUACACAAUCAUGGGGAAGACUGCUGACUUGACAGUUGUCCAAAAGACGACCAUUGACACCUUGCACAAGGAGGGCAAGACACAAAAGGUCAUUGCAAAAGAGGCUGGCUGUUCACAGAGCUCUGUGUCCAAGCACAUUAAUAGAGAGGCGAGGGGAAGGAAAAGAUGUGGUAGAAAAAAGUGUACAAGCAAUAGGGAUAACCGCACCCUGGAGAGGAUUGUGAAACAAAACCCAUUCAAAAAUGUGGGGGAGAUUCACAAAGAGUGGACUACAGCUGGAGUCAUUGCUUCAAGAACCACUACGCACAGACGUAUGCAAGACAUGUGUUUCAGUUGUCGCAUUCCUUGUGUCAAGCCACUCUUGAACAACAGACAGCGUCAGAAGCGUCUCACCUGGGCUAAAGACAAAAAGGACUGGACUGCUGCUAAGUGGUCCAAAGUUAUGUUCUCUGAUUAAAGUAAAUUUUGCAUUUCCUUUGGAAAUCAGGGUCACAGAGUCUGGAGGAAGAGAGGAGAGGCACACAAUCCACGUUGCUUGAGGUCCCGUGUAAAGUUUCCACAUUCAGUUAUGGUUUGGGGUGCCAUGUCAUCUGCUGGUGUUGGUCCACUGUGUUUUCUGAGGUCCAAGGUCAACGCAGCCGUAUACCAGGAAGUUUUAGAGCACUUCAUGCUUCCUGCUGCUGACCAACUUUAUGGAGAUGCAGAUUUCAUUUUCCAACAGGACUUGGCACCUGCACACAGUGCCAAAGCUACCAGUACCUGGUUUAAGGACCAUGGUAUCCCUGUUCUUAAUUGGCCAGCAAAUUGUUGCAGACCACAUACACCCCUUCAUGGCAAUAGUGUUCCCUGAUGGCAGUGGCUCUUUCAGCAGCAUAAUGCACCAUGCCAUACUGCAAAAAAAUUGUUCAGGAAUGGUUUGAGGAACAUAAAGAGUUCAAGGUGUUGCCUUGGCCUCCAAAUUCCCCAGAUCUCAAUCCAUUUGAAAAUUGAAAAAUUUAUGGGAUGUGUAGGACCAAAAAAAACCCCCGAUCCAUAGGGGCCCCACUUUACAACGAGUUUAAGGAUCUGCUGGUAAAGUCACGAGGGGGACCUACACGUUAUUAGAUAGGUUGUCUUAACCCUCUACAGCACAGCAUUGCCCUCAGGCUACGGAAAGUUUUCUUAAGCCCUAUGUUUAGUAAAUUUUUCUUUAAAUGAUUACAACCAAUUAGAAAGGUCGAGAAAGUACCAAAGAACAGUCCAGUAAGGUGUUGGAGUCACUAUCAAGCACCAUUUAAAGGUGCGACAUCCUGUUCUGACACAUGGUCACAAGAGCACAUAGUGUGAGAAGAAGGCAAGAUUAUUUGCUUUAGUAAUCUUAUUUAAAUGACAUGAACUGUACAUAAAAAAUAUGUGUGUAUGAAGGUGUAGAGACGACUUUUGACAGGUUUUUUGAAUUUUUUUUAUUUUGCAUGUUCAGAAAUUCAGUUUUUCUUUUCGCUGCCUCAGGGUAAACGUUGUGUGAUGGGUACUUUUCGAGGAUGUUUUGCGCAAUACCUCACAUUGGCCAUAAUGUGUUACAAGAAGGGAAGAUGCAGGGUUACUGGGUGUGCAGGAAGACCCAAAGUGAUGUGCAAAAAUUGUAACAUACACCACUAUUUCACAGCAGAGAAGAACUGCUUUUUGAAGUUUCGUACGGAGUGAAAUCUUAUUACAUUAUAUGGCAUGACACACUACAUGAUACAGACCUAUGCAUGGAUCAAAUUCAAUAAAUCAGCGUCUUUCAAAUGUGUCAUUUCUUGACAUUUUUUUUUUUUUUAAAAUUGUGAUUUUGAUGAUAAUUUUCUGUAUGAUUCUGUACCAUUGUUGCACAACCUUCCUACACAAAUAUUUUGGUGCGGGGGGAGGGUAGGUGGGUCAAAAAAAAAAAAAAUUAUCAAUAAAAUGUUCCCAAAUGAACCAAAAAAUUAUGUGGAAUAUUUUUUUUUCAUGUGCCGUCAACAUGUGUGCAGUAGAGGGUGUUGUGGCUGAUUAGUGUAACUGUGUACAUAAGUGUUUGCUGUGGUUCAUGAAAGCCAAUUUUGAUGAACUUCCCAUUUUCAUGUUGCCUUCUAUUUUAUCUCCUUUAUGUUUUUUUUGUUUUUUUUAAAGGUGCAAAGCACAUUUUGUAGUUCAAAUAAGUUUGUAACAUUAUAUCAGAUAAUGAUAUAUACGGUUAUGAACUGUAAAAUAUUGAAAAUGCAUGCUUACAUUCUUAAUCUUAUCAUCCAAACCAUCUGUGGCUUCAGUGAAACCACAAGGAUUAACAAGAACGAUGCUUUCUUACCGUGUUGCUCAUACUACAAUAUUAAAAAAAGGAAGUAACAGUCCACUCAGUGACUCCACCCACCUUUGAAGUAUAUUUACACCAUGUUUAGCCAGUGAGAGCUCACUGAUCGUCUUCAUCAUGGCCAUCAUCAUCUCUCUGCUCCUGUUGGCCUCUCUGCUGCCACACCUGACCUUCACUGCUCAUGUGAAUGUGAGUAUAGUGAAUGGAAAAGAAGCCAAACCCCACUGCAGACCUUACAUGGUUUCUAUUCAGGCGUGUGGGGACCAUAUCUGUGGUGGAUUCCUCAUUUCUGAUCAGUUUGUCCUGACUGCUGCACAUUGCUGGAACAAACGUAAUAUUCUAAUGGUUGUUGUUGGAGCUCAUGACUUAAGGAACAGCACAAGUUCAGAUCACAUCAGAGUGAAGUCCUACAUCCCUCAUCCAAACUAUACAUACAUUCCUAAUCAAUAUGCUGAUGACAUCAUGCUUUUGAAGCUAGAGAACAAAGUCAAACUAAACAAAAAGGUUGGAGUGAUCCCAUUACCAAAGGAAAGAGAAGACGUUAACCCAGAUACUGCCUGUAGUGUUGCCGGCUGGGGAAGACUGAUGGAUAAUGGCCCAGUGAGCAAUGUUCUAAUGAAAGCAAAAGUGUCUAUAAUGAAUAACACAGAAUGUAGCAAUAGAUGGGGAGAAUUAUACUCAGUCUCACAGAUGAUCUGUGCGUAUGGCGAUGGUGGAUCCUGCCAAGGGGAUUCAGGAGGUCCUUUGGUUUGUGGAAAAACUGCUGUUGGUAUCACAUCUUUCAGUGCCCGGCGCUGUAAUUCACCUGAGCGUCCUAAUGUGUAUACUAAGAUUUCACAAUAUAUUCAGUGGAUCGACAAAGUUACUGGAAAUGUGUAGUGACUUCAUGGAAACUAAAGAAGGAAGAAAUGUUAUUCUUGAAUUCUUCCAUAAACCUUCUUUCAAUAAAAGUAUCACAAGGCAAGCAUC